AUGAAGGUUGCUGUUGUGGCCGCGUUGGCCAUGAGCCAGACUGGUGUGGCGGCGAGGAAGUUUUGGACCUCGAAGCCGGCUGAUCCGGGGAAUGUGUUGAUGACUGGAUUUACGAUUGGGAACGGGAGACAGGGAGAUGAAUCUGCAUUAUACGGCGGAACAGCAGACUACGGCUCCUACGAAGCCCUUGCCAACCUCACAGUCUCCAUUGAGGGAGUGACCAAGUACUCAAAGUACAAGAGAACGCUGGACCUGGAAACAGCAUUGCACAGCGCCGAAUUCACUGCAGACGGAGCCACUUUUUCGACUGUGCAGUUCUGCUCCUUUCCCGACCAAGUCUGCGUCUACCACGUCAGCUCCAACAAACCACUACCCCGAAUCACCUUUGGUCUGGUCGACAAUUAUCGCACCAACCCGCCUUCCACUGUCAAAUGCUCAUCCAGCGGCAUCUGGCUGAGCGGACGAACUGUGGCCAACGACGGCGAGGGUCUCAUUGGCAUGAAGAUUGAUGCCCAGGCCCGCGCUCUUCCUUCUGCCGGACUAAAAGCCACAUGCAACAGCAACGGCCAGACCGUUCUCAGCACAAGAUCUGCAAAGUCGGCCACCAUUGUCGUGGCUUCGGGCACAGAGUACGACGCAACCAAGGGCAAUGCUGCUCACGACUACUCCUUCCGAGGAGCGGAUCCGUAUCCUGGCGUUGUAAAGACGAUAAGUGCCGUGUCCAAGAAGAGCUACAACACGAUCCUUGACAGCCACGUAAAAGACCAUGGCGAGUGGUUUAACAAGUUCACUUUGGAUCUUCCCGAUCCCCAUAACUCUGCAGACGUCGACACGAUGGAUCUGAUUGCAAACUACUCGACAGAAAAGGGAGAUCCCUUCAUUGAGAAUCUGCUGAUUGAGUAUGGACAAUACAUGUUCAUUGCUUCGUCGCGGCCGGGAUCGCUGCCCCCGAAUCUGCAGGGUUCAUGGGCUCCGGAUGGAAACCCGGCGUGGAGCUCCGACUACCACAUCGAUGUCAAUGUGCAGAUGAACCACUGGCAUGUCGAAAAGAUGGGCUUGGGCGGCCUGACUGAUCCUCUCUGGGACUUUAUGACUUACACCUGGGUUCCUCGUGGGACGGAGACGGCAAACCUAUGGUACAACGUGAGCGGCUGGGUUGCCUUUACCAAUCUCAACAUCUUUGGCCAUACGGCCCAGGAAAACGACGCAACUUGGUCAAACGUUGCACACGACAUUGCCUGGAUGAUGGCGCACGUGUGGGAUCGUUACGACUAUGGCCGUGACAAGAAAUGGUAUGCCUCUGUGGGAUAUCCCCUCAUGAAGGGCGUGGCGAGCUUCUGGGUCGACAUGAUGGUGCCGGACGAAUACUUCAACGACGGCACCUUGGUUGCCAACCCUUGCAACUCUCCAGAGCAUGGCCCAACGACUUUUGGGUGUGCUCAGUUCCAGCAGGUGGUCUGGGAGCUCUUCGACCACAUCAUCAAAGAUUGGGAUGCGUCGGGUGAUCCUGACACGGCCUUUUUGAAGCGGGUCAAAGAAUCGUACAGCAAACUUGAUCCGGGCGUCCAUGUUGGAAGCUGGGGCCAGAUCCAAGGCAAGCAAUGGAAGAUGGACAUUGACACCAAAAACGACACGCAUCGUCACUUGUCUCACUUGUACGGAUUCUACCCCGGCUAUGUCAUCUCCAGCGUCUACGCAGACAACAAGACCGUCAUGGACGCCGUCGCCACCAGCUUGUACUCUCGCGGAAACGGCACCGAGGACUCCAACACGGGCUGGGAAAAGGUCUGGCGAGGAGCGUGCUGGGGCCAACUGGGCGUCACCGACGAGGCAUACAAAGAGCUCAAGUACACCAUCGACAUGAACUUUGCGGCCAACGGACUGUCGGUGUAUACAACUGGCAGCUGGCCGUAUGAGGUCACUCUGCCCUUCCAGAUCGAUGCCAACUUUGGUCUUUCGGCGAACGCGCUGGCUAUGCUGUAUACCGACCUGCCCAAGAAAUGGGGCGACAACAGCGUUCAAAGGGUGAUUCUCGGACCGGCGAUUCCCAAGGAAUGGGCUGGUGGAAGCGUUAAAGGAGGGAGUCUGAGAGGAGGCGGGACGGUCGAUUUCAGCUGGGACGACGAAGGAGUCGUGAAUCGGGCGGUGGUGCACGGGAGAAGGUUGCCGCUGGUGGUGGUGAAUAAGAAUGGCAAGGUGCUAGCAAGACGCUGA